AUGUACCCGGAGCUGCUGUGCUCGGCUGUGGCUGUGGGUCUCUACGCAAACACGCUGGAUGGGGAUUUCUGCUACGAUGACAGUCGCGCCAUCAAGACCAACCAAGACCUCCUUCCGGAAACUCCCUGGACCAACAUACUUUACAAUGACUUCUGGGGCACCCUGCUCACCCACAGUGGCAGUCACAAGUCCUUCCGGCCACUGUGCACCCUGUCGUUCCGGUUCAACUACUCCCUUCACGGCCUGCGUCCCUGGGGAUACCACCUGCUGAACGUCUUGCUGCACGCCCUGGUCACUGGCCUCUUCACCGUCAUCAGCCGCACCCUUCUCGGUUCCUGGUGUCUUUUGGCCGGGCUCCUGUUCGCCUCUCACCCCAUCCACACCGAGGCUGUCGCAGGUGUGGUGGGGCGGGCUGACGUCGGGGCUGCCUUGUUUUUCCUGAUGUCGCUCCUCUGCUACAUGAAGCACUGCAGGCUGAGGGGCGGACCACGCACGGGCCAUGGCAGGAGUUCGGUGACCCGCUGCUGGGCAUGGUUCCUGGGGAGCCUCUGGUGCGCGCUGGGAAGUAUGCUGUGGAAGGAGCAGGGCGUCACGGUGCUGGCUGUGUCCGCUGUCUACGACCUGUUUGUGUUUCAACAGCUGCGCUUUCGACAAGUGCUGCAAUACUUGCUGGGAAAGAAAAUGAAUACGGCAGAGUUUGUGAGUCUGAUUGCACUGGUGCUGUGGGGGAUACUGCUGCUUUCGUCGCGUCUUUACUGGAUGGGAAACCAACCACCAAACUUCUCAAACUCAGAUAACCCAGCAGCGGACUCAGCCCACCCCCUCACCCGGACCCUCACCUUCCUCUACCUACCUGCCGCAAACGCCUGGCUCCUGCUCUGCCCCGACAAGCUCAGUUUCGAUUGGUCCAUGGACGCCGUGCCUUUGGUCAAGUCCUUUGCUGAUUGGAGGAACCUUCACGCUGUUGCCUUCUACAGUUUUCUCAUCGCCCUUGCUUUGGCUGGACUCCGUGGCCAGAAACGCGACGCUAAAGAGAGCAAUGGAAAAGCGCAUGUUUCUAACGGGAAGUCAAACGGUUAUCAAGCUUCUGACACAAACCAUAACAUCAACUCGGGAGAAGGGCCCCCAAACGGAAUCGUGAAUGGCUCAUCCCGGCUUCCCCAUUACCCGCAGAGGACUUCUCUCCCCAGCACCGAAAACGUUGUUGUGUUUUCAUUAGGCAUCAUUUCUUUAUCAUUCCUGCCAGCAACCAACCUCUUUUUCUAUGUGGGAUUUGUCAUAGCAGAGAGGGUGCUGUACAUUCCCAGUAUAGGGUUCUGUCUACUGGUUGCAACCGGAACAAGAAGCUUAUACAUCAAACUGAGGAGGACUAAAGGCAACAACAAGGUCUUGGUCUUUUGUCUGUGCUCAGUGCUUUUGCUGCUGAAUGGACUAAAAACUGUGCAGAGAAACAGAGAUUGGAGCAGCGAGGAGAGGCUCUACAUGUCUGGGAUCAGUGUUAAUCCCGCAAAAGCCUGGGGAAACCUUGGAAAUGUGCUGAAGAACCAGGGGAAGAUUGUGGAGGCGGAGAGAGCGUACAGAAACGCUCUUCACUACAGAGGAAACAUGGCUGACAUGCUGUACAACCUGGGUUUGCUGCUGCAGGAAAGUGGUCGUUUCAUUGAGGCCCUACAUUACUACAAACUCUCAAUUGCCAGUCGACCCACACUAGCUUCUGCCUAUCUGAACACGGGCAUCAUCCUGAUGAACCAGGGGAAGCAAGAAGAAGCCAAACACACUUUUGUUACAUGUGCUGGAAUCCCUGAUGAGAACUUAAAGGACCCUCACGCUCACAAGAGCUCUGUCACCAGCUGCCUGUACAACCUGGGCAAACUUCUGCACGAACAGGGGCUACAACAGGAGGCUCUCUCUGUUUACAAAGAGGCUGUGCAAAAAAUGCCCAAACAGUUUGCCCCACACAGCCUUUAUAACAUGAUGGGGGAAGCAUACAUGAGGCUGAACAGACUGGAGGAAGCAGGUCAUUGGUACAAAGAGUCGCUUCGAGCCAAACCAGACCAUAUCCCAGCCCACCUCACUUAUGGAAAACUUCUUUCUAUCACUGGACAGAAGGCAGAAGCAGAGAAGUAUUACCUGAGAGCUAUUCAACUCGAUUCAACUAGAGGAAACUGCUACAUGCACUAUGGUCAGUUCUUGUUGGAGCAGUCCCGUCUUGCUGAAGCAGCAGAGAUGGCAGAGAGAGCUGCACAACUCGACAACUCCGAGUUUGAUGUGGUUUUCAGCGCAGCCCACAUGCUCAGACAGGCCAAUCUGAAUGAAGCUGCAGAACAGCAGUAUGAGCACGCAGCCUGCCUCAGACCAGAUUAUCCAGCUGCUCUUAUGAACCUUGGUGCCAUGCUUCACCUAAACGGAAAGCUUGCUGAGGCUGAGGCUAAUUAUUUGCGUGCCCUCCAACUCAAACCAGACGAUGCAAUCACUCAAUCCAACCUCCGCAAACUGUGGAACGUGAUGGACAAACAGGGACUGAGGACCAUGCAGAAUAACGCCAUACUCAAGAGUUGA